GAGAACUUGGCUGCGGGUAGUAUUUCCUCAUAUAGCAGGUAGGAAAGGAAAUAAAACUCCUUCAAUAGGGUGCUACUCUUUUUUUUUGGUUUGUUUUUAAUUUUAAUUUUCCCGUUCUAUUUUUUUAUUUGUGUUUUUAGGGCAUCCCGUACCACCUUCCACCUUCAUUGACAUCGGAUUUCCUCCGGGGAUCCCCGAUUAUCCCACGGCCUAACUAAUAUUACUUAAACGAAUCAUAACCUAAUUAUGAACGAAGAAUCAACGAAGAGCCCAUUUGCGGGGAUCGGUUCGCCUGUCCUAGCCUCGGGUGGUAACUGGAGACCAAUCAUGAGUGGCGGCUGGGGCCGAGCAGCGACACGGGACCGGUUAAAAUGGAACUGCGCAAAGGGCGGGGAGUUGCCGGUCUGGGAAUUCCGAUGCUGGUCGGGUCGGGUUCGAUUCGAUUCAUUCCCAGAGUCGUGGGGUCAAUACUGUACGACUCCCGUAGACAAACAAAGGUCUCAUACUCCGUACGGAUUAAUCCACACAAGAACAAAAAACAAUACAGGAAUAAAAGAAAUUAGGGGGCUAUGAGUUGUACAGGUGAUGUUAUAUCGUAUGAGAAUUGAGAUUCAGGUCGUACACAUGACCUAACACAUGAUAUAAUAUAACAUGAUCUUCUCUGUAUGGACAAACUCUCAUGUGCAGACAGCGUUUUCCGUGUCGAUCGGGAUUCCAUCCCUGUGAGUGCCAGCCAAUCUCCGUUGCUGUAGCUCAUGGUCCUCAAAUCAGUAUCUAGACAAGGAUGAGUAGUCCAUUUAGGAUCUCGCUUCCCUCCCCGCGGGGAGGCCCCAGUGCAGGAAAGCCUUUUUGGGGGAAAAAAAAUAAAUAAAAAUGCAAAUGAAAAAAAAGUCAGCCUGCGUGGCUGAUGUUACAGCUGAGUCCAUACCCGACGGACGAAAAUAAAAUCCCAUCAACAUGAUGUCGAUACCCGAGGUUCGUUAGUUGGAGAGUGUGAUUCAUUUGCCGUUUCCCCUCAUUUUGCAACUUUUGGAUCUUAACAUUAGAGUUUGGAGUAAGGAUGCAGCUGGGGUACUGUCAAGCUUGGGAUCCGUGUGAACUUAUAGGGUCCAACCGUGAGCUUGUAUUCGAGCUCCAGGUCAGACAUAGGUGGAUGGCAUGAUGUUUCUUACUGUGCCUUCUUCCCAACCCCGGAUAAUAACCGAUCGGGAUUAUAGAUGCGAAUAAUUUAUGGGGAAGAAGCUCAAAGGGGGGUUGUAAUUGACAAAAUAGGAGUGAUGACAGAUCUGGAUAAAUGUUAUGAUUGAUAUUUAUUUAUUUUAGCAAAGUGUGGAUGUGCGUUGCCCCAAGAACUGGAUAACCGUUUUGCCUUUUUGGACGACAAUAAGCCGGGGAAGAGAAAAUUGGUUAUGUAAUAGCUUGAGUGUUGAAAUAAUUUGCGGUGUCAAGUGACGUUCCACACACUUGCUGGUAACCGGCUUCUUCGGUCGGUCGGUAGGGAAAUGAGAUUGGAAUCUAGAUAGGGAGCGCUCCCAAAUUUUUUUUUUCUCUUUUUUCAUACCCCGUACACAAGCCCAGGUCCAGGAUCAGUAUAGAUUCUUGCAUGAUUCAUGAUUUUUUAAUUGCAUUAUACCUCUAAUUCGACCACCAUGCCUAGUGGAUUUAAGUAACCGUUUAAGGUGGAUGUCAGACAGUAGUCACUGUAAGAGUUUCCUAUCGAUCG